UGACGUGAUGUUCAGACUCAGAGCAGUGGUCCUGAUGAUGCGCAUAGAGAACCAACUGCAUUCUAGCUUAGUCCUCGUGACCUCUAAAUCAAUACGUUAUAUAUUCAAUAUUUGUUUAGCUCAAGGGUUUAUCACAUGUUAUUUAUGAAACAAACGGCGUUUAAAACGUUCAUAAAUCAUUGUAAAUUGGCGGCUUUUCAGUCUUCGCCUUUUUCUAUUCCGGAAGCAGCGGGAUUUGGGGGUUGUGUCUAAAGCAGCAGCGUUAAACGUGUGGUGUCACUGUCAUAGCUCACCGAUACACACAGGGAUACUCUCUCAUCCUACCAAUAACACAAGGGGGAACAUACAUCAAAUAAACAACAACGUUUGUGCAUGAUAGCCAGCUAUUGCUCCCCAUGCAAGAUGGACGUUAGCCAUGGACUGUAGACUUCUCCGGCGGGAUUGAAGUACUCACUUCCUGUCUGGCAUCAGGAAGUGGACCAGCCUGUUUUAAUCAAAGAAGGUAAACAUGGGAACAUGAGGAAGCAUACCAAAAGGCCACGUGGUGAUAACAUCCGAGGUUGGACGCGUUGGUGCGAACACUUAACAGUAAGGUUCAGGAGUAAUUCAGUCAUAUACAUAUGCCACACAGCACGGCUAAAGGCUAAAGGGCAAAUAAAAACAUGCAUCUCCAUUUGCAUCUUGGGGACUUUUAACUUAUUAGAUUGGUAGGCACUUUCAUCCAAAGCGAUUAACAGUACAGAUAUUCUAGCAGCUAGGGGGUUGGAGCGUCUAGCUCCCUGAUGCCUGCAGGUAGUUUGGGUUAGACAUUUUGUACCAAUUUUGGUUGGCAAUCAAACCCUGACCGCACUGCACUUACACUUUCCUUCACCAUGAAAACAAAGCGUCCAUCUCGGACACCAAACUCAGUUUGGUGGCGAGUCAAGAGGAGGUCAUUUCAGUAUCCAUACUGGUGUCCUUGUUUCCCUUUCUUGAUAAGCGCUUGGGAGUCAGUACAGGUGCCACAAGAACACUGUUUGCUCACGUCUUUCUGAAGCGUUCAGAGGAUGGGCCCAGGGUCCGGCGACCUGUGGAGAUGUCUCUUGGUCGGCUACUGCGGCGCGCCUCCUCCAAGGCCUCCGACCUCCUGACCUUUAACCCCGGCGCCGGGGGCUCGUCGGCGCGCUCAGGCCUGGACGGGGAAAUCAUCUUCUCCAAAAACAACGUCUGUGUGCACCCCGCCGAGCCGCUGCCCGGGCUCGGAGAACACCAUCCAGGCUACCUGUGCGUGCACGUGGAGAAGGACGACAGCCUGGGCACCACGCUCAUCCUGACCUGGGUGCCCAACUGCCGCAUCCAGCGACAGGACGAGGAGGCCCUCCGCUACAUCACCCCGGAGAGCUCCCCCGUGCGCCGAAACGCCCGUCACCGGGGCCGAAGGCCUCGCUCACGCCCCCCCACGGCACAGGAGGAGGACGUGGUGGUAGACGAGGACAGGAGCGUCACCAGGCCGGUCCCCACCACCAGCAUCACCAGCGACGGCCAGAGGCUCCCAGUGGCGGGGGAGGCCGGCGGGGAGCCCUCUCCGACCCGGCACCAGGCCUCGUCCCUGGGGACGGGGGACGAGGGAGACGAGCUUUCGGAUGAGGUGAGCCGGGACAGCACCAUGGGCUCGGACUCGGACACCUUCUCCUCGCCCUUCUGCCUGUCGCCCGUCAGCGAGGCUCUCUGCGAGAGCAGCGGCUCCGUCUUCCUGGACAACGAAAGCAGGGAGAUGUGCGACGAGUCCAUGACCCCCUCAGUAAGCUCCGCCUCCAGCCUGGACAGCCACGCCCCUUCCGAGUGCAGCAGCCAAUCGCAGGGCAUGCGCUGGGAGGAGCAGCAGAAGGCCCUGGCGCUGGAGCAGCUGUGCGGCGUGUUCCGGGUGGACCUGGGUCACAUGCGAUCCCUUCGACUCUUCUUCAGCGAUGAGGCGUGCACCAGUGGGCAGCUGGUGAUCGCCAGCAGAGAGAGCCAGUACAAGAUCCUCCACUUCCACCACGCCGGCCUGGACAAGCUGGCCGAGGUCUUCCACCAGUGGAAGUGCUGCAGGGAGACCCAGCUCAAAGACCAGGUGGUGGAUGAGAAGUCCUGCAUGCAGUUCUCCAUCCGCAGACCGGUGCUGCCGUCGGCAGAGAGCCACCCGGAGGAGCGGCUUUACCGCCGGCUGGAGGUCAACACCUGGCUGAGGCACUUCAACCGCAACGGACAGGUGGAGGAGGAGUACAAGCUGCGCAAGGCCAUCUUCUUCGGUGGUAUCGACCCGUCCAUCAGAGGCGAGGUGUGGCCCUUCCUGCUCGGCUACUACAGCUGUGACUCCUCUUCCGAGCAACGUGAGGCCUGGAGGCUGCAGAAGCGCACGCACUACCACGACGUGCAACAGCGCAGGUUGUCCAUGACCCCUGAGGAGCACAGCGAGUUCUGGAGGAAGGUCCAGUUCACGGUGGACAAGGACGUGGUGAGGACGGACCGCAGCAACCUCUUCUUCAGAGGGGAGAACAACCCCAAUGUGGAGAUCAUGAGGUGGACCCUGCUGAACUACGCCGUGUUCAACCCGGACAUGGGCUACUGCCAGGGCAUGUCUGACCUGGUGGCCCCCCUGCUGACGGAGGUCCAGGACGAGAGCGACACCUUCUGGUGCUUUGUGGGCCUGAUGGAGAACACCAUCUUCAUCAGCUCGCCCCGCGACGAGGACAUGGAGCGCCAGCUGAUGUACCUGCGGGAGCUGCUGCGUCUGAUGCUGCCGCCGUUCCACCAGCACCUCACCCAGCUGGGGGAGGACGGCCUGCAGCUGCUCUUCUGCCACCGCUGGGUGCUGCUCUGCUUCAAGAGGGAGUUCCCCGACAACGACGCCCUGCGCAUGUGGGAGGCCUGCUGGGCCCACUACCAGACGGACUACUUCCACCUGUUUCUGUGUGUGGCCAUCAUCGUGCUGUAUGGCGAGGAUGUGACCGAACAGCAGCUAGCCACCGACCAAAUGCUGCUUCACUUCAGCAACCUGUCCAUGCACAUGAAUGGAGAGCUGGUGCUACGGAAGGCUCGCAGUCUGCUCUACCAGUUCCGCCUCCUACCCAGAAUCCCUUGCAGCCUCCAUGACCUGUGUAAGCUGUGCGGGCCGGGCAUGUGGGACAGCCGCUACAUCCCCACCGUGGAGUGUUCCGGGGAGCACCCAGACUCCCAGAGCUGCCCCUAUGGAGGCACCCCCGUCCCCCAGCCCUGCUCGCCCUCCCCCGCCUCCACCCCCAACCCCACGCCCACCCCCUCCCCCGAGGGCAAGAGGGGCUCAAAGGCCAGGGACAUUUUCACCUUCCGCAAGUCUUAAAGCGGCGUGGGACGUACAGAGGAAGGUGACCAGGGGGUUUCAAUGGCCUCCGGCUGCUUGGUCGCUCGCCAUUACUGUUGGCAUCGGCCGAGCAUAGUGCAGGGAUCCCCGAGUUCUGGGACCGCAGUCUCUCCUCCUCCGAAUGCCGCCGCCAUUUUGGUACAGCGCCCGGUUCAGGACUUCCUCUUCACUGCCUUACUGGAAAUGGAUUCAACAAGAUGCUCACUACGGCGCGAGACCAACCCCCUAAUGGGUGGGGCGCUGUAAACUGAGGAAGGGAGGCCAGGGAAGCUCUUUUCUAUUGGUCGAGCUAAAAGCUGACAAUCAUCGGCGUCGCCGGUCCACAGGAACUCCAGGUUUCACCCUGCUGCUCACUGGGGCUGAGGCCAGAGGCUUUACGGGAAGGAGUCACGUUGAAGACCGGAAUGAAUCUGUACGGACCGGUUGUUGUUUUUUGAUCAUGAACAAAUAUGUCACUGGUUGGGAUAACACAAGGUGUGGAAUGUCAGUGUGAAUAAGGAAAAUAUGUUAUGCCUAUCUGAAGUCAGUGCAAGGCAAAUGCCUUUCUCUCAAUGUGAAGACCCAAUCCUCCAAAAGCUAGAAGGGUGAACUCACAAAGAAGAUUACAAAGAAUUAUCCGUUGCUUUUCUCUCGCAACUGUGUAUUUGCAUUUCAAGCAGUUAUUACAAAUAUUUAGCAAUAUGAUAAAGAUAUAUCCUUGCAUGAGCAAUUCUUUAAAAAAAAAAACUAUAUACAACAAUAAUGUGUUAACACAAAACAAAACACUUCCUUUAGGGUAGGGGCUCAACAUAUUUCCCAAAUCAGAUUAUUGUAAAAAUAAACUACGACAGACCUCAUAGUCAUAAUUUCUCUCUGCUUUAAAUACCCCGCCCACUGGCAUCAGGUAGGAGGAGGAUGGGGGGGGGGGGGAGUAUGUCUUGAUCACAUUGAUAUCCUGUAAGAGGGUGUCCUGUGAAGAAAAGAUGGAAGCAUAGAACGCGUUACUCACAACAUUUCUGUCAGAUAAAGAAGACGAGUGGGCUAUGGAUGAGCCAUUGUCGCCCGACAAAGGGAGACAGAUUUAUGGUGGAUGUAUUUUAAAUCACCACACACCUUGUGUUCAAUCAUGUCCAGGGCGAUGAAGAACAGGCCGCAGCUAAGUUCUGUGGUUUUCUGUUUUUCUGAAAGUUUUUUUGCAAUCGUUCCACCCUCACCUUCAAACGAAUGACAACGUCAAUGCACUGUUUACACCAAACCAACCGGGUCUGUCCACACGAAUGUAUCCACUAACAAGUACUUUCAUUUAGCACGUGUGUGUGUGUGUGUGUGUGUGUGUGUGUGUGUGUGUGUGUGUGUGUGUGUGUGUGUGUGUGUGUGUGUGUGUGUGUGUGUGUGUGUGUGUGUGUGUGUGUGUGUGUGUGUGUGUACACACGGCUGUGACCUCCACACAUCUGGUAAUGAGUUAGAGGAGCAGGGGUCUUUGAUGUCCCCCCACCCUCCCAAUCCCCUAAUUAUACCAGUCAUCACGUAGAAAAAAAAGAGCAAAGAGAACGACCAACCAUUCAGGGUCUCCGUCUUGUCACUGUGGAGGAGAACAUAAAACCAGAGUGUGUGUGUGUGUGUUUGUGGGGGGGGGGGGGAGUUUGACUGUAGUGCUCUGCAGAUUUGCAAGUCCCAGCUGUGCGGUGGUCCCAGGUGGGCUGCUGAAGUGGCCUACUGGGACCCCGGCGUCUUCAGAUUGCUGCUAAAAGCUAGCAUUAGGAUCUUUAAAAUCCACCCCAUCCAUCCUCUCUUGCUCACUCCCACCACCCUUUCCCACUCACUCCCCCCUCCCCUCUUUCUCACUAAACUUCUUCCCUCACCCCCAUUCUUGUCUCCCUUUCUUACCUUCUCUCACUCAUCCUUUCUCUCCAUCUCCCUCUUUCCACCUCUCUCUGGCUCUCUACCCCCCCCCCCCCCCCCCUCUCCAUAAAUCCACCUCCCCCCUCGCUCUCCUCUCCCAGUCUGGUUGUCACCAUGCAGUCGAGGUAAAUGGCGUUGUGCAUUGCUCUGCGCUCCUCUCCAUUAGUUAUCAUGUGCAGCUGCCUUCCUCAAACGUCUGGGAGACUGUUGAGGCUGGAUGGAGGUUCUGAAGUGAGCGAAUCCAGAAGUGCACAGAUGGAAAGUAAUUGGUGUGUGAGUGUGUCUGUGUGCGUUUGUGUGCGUGUGGGUCGGUGCACACAUGCAGAUGAAUGCGUGUGUCCAUGUGUACAUUUCUAUUCAAAUGUUAUUUUCUGAACAAACAAAUCAAUGAUUGUCUGCACAUCCACAUACACACACUGCGAGUUUGCAGCAUACGGGGAACACAGUGUUGAAUGUACACUACCGUUACACUUUGUCUGUCCAUUAUUGUACACAUUGCAAAAAUGCUUUUUAUUCAUUUUGCAUAUUAUUAAAAAGGGAAUACUUGUGUUACAAUUA